AUGUCUGCCGUGGCUCCCACUAUCCCCGGGGCUGACCCAUCAAAAGAUAUACAAAAGCGCCGUGCUGGCAGUGUUGGGUCCGAUGAAGACGACGCAAGUGGUGGGAAAUAUACAAGGAUGGAGGAGGACAAUAUUCAAGACAAGGAAAGGUUUGCAAGUCGUGAGAAUCAUUGCGAGAUCGAGCGCAGACGACGGAACAAGAUGACGGCAUAUAUUACGGAACUAUCUGACAUGGUUCCAACAUGUUCCGCCCUCGCACGCAAGCCCGACAAACUCACAAUACUGCGUAUGGCAGUAGCACACAUGAAAGCACUCAGAGGUACGGGAAAUACCUCUACUGAUGGUACCUACAAGCCAUCGUUUUUAACCGAUCAAGAGUUAAAGCACCUUAUUUUAGAAGCGGCGGACGGUUUUUUAUUUGUCGUCAGUUGCGACACCGGCCGUAUCAUAUAUGUUAGUGAUAGUAUAGCGCCAGUACUUAAUUACUCGCAGGGAGAAUGGUACUCGUCAUGUUUAUAUGAUCAAGUACACCCAGACGAUGUCGAAAAAGUUCGAGAACAGUUGAGUACGCAAGAGCCGCAGAACACUGGUCGCAUUUUAGAUUUAAAAACGGGCACCGUUAAAAAAGAAGGUCAUCAAUCGUCGAUGCGGCAGGUGAUGGGUUCGCGGCGCGGGUUCAUCUGCCGCAUGCGCGUGGGCGGCACGGCCGCGGGCGACGCGCACGUGGGCCGCUUGCGUGCGCGCAACUCGCUCGGCCCCUCGCACGACGGACACAACUACGCCGUUGUUCACUGCACCGGCUACAUAAAGAACUGGCCUCCCACAGAUCUCUUUCCAGGUAUGCAGAUGGAUCGGCCAGUCGAUGAUGAGUUGCACGCGUCACAUUGCUGCCUUGUCGCUAUUGGACGGUUACAGGUGACAUCGACGCCGAACAGUGCGGAGGGCGGCGCGUGCGGCGGCGCGGAGUUCGUGUCGCGGCACGCGGCCGACGGGCGCUUCACGUUCGCCGACCAGCGCGCCGCGCAGGUGGUGGGCCACGCGCCCGCCGACCUGCUCGGCAAACUCUGUUACGAGUUCUACCACCCCGAGGACCAACAGCACAUGCGCGACAACUUCGACCAAGUUCUCAAGCUUAAAGGCCAAAUAAUCUCCCUAAUGUACCGGUUUCGGACCAAAAGCAGAGAGUGGAUAUGGCUGAGAACAUCUGCCUUUGCUUUUCUCAACCCGUACAAUGAUGAAGUAGAGUACAUUGUAUGUACGAAUACACUUGCAAAUCGGUCGCUGGGCAGCGCGGGCGGGGAGCCGGUGGGCGAGGAGACGUACGACUACCACCUGCGCCAGCGCGACGUGUACCAAGCGCCGGCGCCUGCCAUACAUCAGCAGCACCACGCACCGCCAGCGGGCAGCGUGAGCGGUGUGGGCGCGCGGUCGCCGAGCGAGGUGGGCGGCGUGGGCGUGGGCGUGGGCCCAACGGCCGCGGCCUACGCGCACUACGCGCCCGACUACUCGCCGCACCGCCCCGCCAACACGCCGCCGCACACCACCUGGACCACGCUGCGACCCAGCGGCGGCGCGAGCGGCGAGAGUUACGCGUACAGCGGGGAGGCGGGCGGAGGCGCGGGCGGGGCGGGCGGCGGUUCGGCGGGCGGCGCGGCCGGCCAGCGGCGCCAGCCCGGCGCGCUCGCCGCCGCCCGCGCCUGCCUACCUACCGCCCGCCGCGCACUACCACCACCACAAUCACCAUGCGCACCCCGCGCAUCCCACGCAUCCCACGCAUCCCUCGCACCCCUCGCACGAGUUCCAACGAUGGCUAAAUCUGCUCAAGAUUUUAUUCAAAACUCUUUUUCGCCAAUUAUCGCGGUGUUGUGUAGUCCAAAAGUAAAUAAUGUUGUAUCUAAAAAUAAUUUGACAUUUUCUGAACUACUACAACCGUUUGCAUUAAUGGAUUGGGAAGGUCAAUUCCGAGAGCCUGGAGGAAGCACUUGUACUAUUAAAAAUUGGAAAUUAAUAAUAAGAGAUGUAAAUUGGAAACCUGUCCAACCUACUGAAGCUAGAAGACAAUUAAAUAAUGCAGUGUUACAUAAUUAUGAUGAAAAAACCGUUACUUUGGAGUUUGAUGGACGUAAGUUUGAUGUUCCACAACUUACACCCUGGUUUGAUGCUUGGAGAGAGACUUAUCUUGAAGUGCAAUUUCCUUCUGACCACGAAUAUACUAAACACUUUUUGUCCUGUAUAAUUGUGGCCACAACACUGGAUGAAAAUAUUGUAGACACAUAUAAUUUAUUGAAUCAACAAUAUGCACAAUUACAAAAUGUUGCCCCUCCUAAAUUACCCAAAUGGUUUAAUAAUGGUGUUUUAAAAUCUUAUCUCCUCUUACAUGAUGUAUCAUGUGUGUCUAAGGAAAAGGCAGAUACAUUAUUUGAUACAAUGAAACAAACUUUUGGCAUAGGAAACUGUUUCAUGUUGACAAUAAAUUCAAAAACUUCAACGGAUCCAAAGUUACUUACUGAUUUUUGGGCUCCAUUUGUUACAAGAACUCCUGAUUCUAAUAGUGAAAUGUCAUCACCAACGAAUACAACUGCUACAUUUAAUGAACCUCAAGUUGCUCCCACACCCAUUAAUGUUGUGACACCUGAAGAAAGACCUAACAUCAUGAUAACAUCAACCCAAGAUGGUGUACACCCACUAACAACUUCUGACAAUGAUGUUUAUGAUAAUGCUAAUAGUUUACAGCCUUAUUCAUUUUCAGGCAGUUCAGAAAGUGUUAAUGUGACCGGAAAAGGAAUCGAUUAUUCUAAUGAAGUGCAUGGAGCUGCUUUAAACACAAAUGAUAUUGAUUCAAUUAAGAAAUUCUUAAAAGAGUAUGCAUCAAAAGCUUUACUCCCUUACUUAGAAAAACAAAUUGCUCAACUAUCGGAAGUGGUUGCCAAUAGAAAGGGCGUAAGUAGAUCGUUGUUGUCAGCGACUAAACGGUGGUUUGCAACUGGCAAAGGUGGAAAUACUACCGGAAAUAACACCGUAAUAUACUCGAACGACUGUCCAGAACUACAGCUUCGACGUUUAGGUGAUCUUUGGUUCUUAUGUGGACAGUGGCAGCGAGCAUUCGACGCGUACCACACAGCUAAACGAGAGUUCUACGCGGACAGCGCUUGGCUGUGCUAUGCUGGGGCGCUUGAAAUGGCUGCCAUCAGUGCUUUUAUGGCUGGAGAGGCAAAUCGUAAAACGCAUGGAUAUAUGGAGGAGAGCAUUGUGACAUAUCUCAAUACUUGCAGAAUGGUGCAAUACGCUGUCAGAGCUACUUUACUCUCAGCCUUGUGUCUGAUAAACUCCGGGCUCCAUGGAGAAGCUGCUAAACAACUAAUUCGUAUGACUUCAGAAGACAGUGACUUACGUAGCGCGAUGCUGUUAGAACAGGCUGCUCUUUGUUUCCUCUCAGGACCGGGCACUAAAGCAAUGUGCAGAAAGUACGCAUUCCACAUGGUCCUCGCUGGACACAGAUUUUCAAAAGCCGGACAAAAGAAACAUGCCUACAGAUGCUACGACCAAGCUUAUCAGGUGUACGCGGGCAGCGGGUGGCGGCUGGCCACGGACCACGUGCAGUUCGCGCUGGGGCGGCUGGCGGGCGCGCUACGGCGGGGCACAGCGCCGCGCUGGCUGGCCGCGCCGCUCGCACCUGCCAGCCCGCAGCCGCCGCCGCAGCAGGCCGCCUUCCUGCGCGAGUACAUGCUGGCGCACCAGGUACGCUGUACUCCGCCCCAACACAUCUCACUCACCGGCUUCCAAUCGCCGGAAGACUUAUUUAGAGAACCGUUGUGA